AUGGCGCGUGUCUACGCCGACGUCAACGAGCAGAUGCCCCGCUCGUACUGGGACUAUGACAGUCGCGGCAAGUACUCUGAGGUAUUCGAAGGCAUCAACGUGGUCAACUAUCAGAAAUGUGUUAUCAAAGUUCUCAAGCCCGUCAAGAAGAAGAAGAUCAAGCGAGAGAUCAAAAUUCUGCAGAAUCUGUCUGGUGGCCCUAAUGUUAUCGCUUUGCUUGACGUUGUGCGCGAUAAUCAAAGCAAAACUCCAAGCCUGGUGUUUGAGGCCGUCAACAACACCGAUUUCCGAACUCUCUACCCCCGCUUUACCGAUUACGAUGUACGGUUCUACGUUUUCGAGCUCUUGAAAGCGCUUGAUUUUUGCCAUAGCAAGGGAAUUAUGCACCGCGAUGUCAAGCCCCACAACGUAAUGAUUGACCACGAAAAACGCAAGCUCCGCUUGAUCGACUGGGGUCUUGCUGAAUUCUAUCACAAGGGCACUGAAUACAAUGUCCGGGUAGCUUCUCGUUAUUUCAAGGGUCCCGAGCUCCUGGUUGACUUUCAAGAGUAUGACUACUCCCUUGACAUGUGGUCUUUGGGCGCUAUGUUUGCGUCAAUGAUCUUCCGCAAAGAGCCUUUCUUCCACGGUAACAGCAACUCGGACCAGCUUGUCAAGAUUGCCAAGGUUCUUGGUACUGAAGAGCUGUUCGAGUACCUGGACAAAUAUGAUAUCGAGUUGGACCCUCAGUACGAUGAGAUCCUCUCGCGAUUCCCUCGAAAGCCGUGGCACUCAUUUGUCACUGCCGAGAACCAGCGCUUUGUCAGCGACGAAGCCAUUGAUUUCCUUGACAAGCUGCUGCGCUACGAUCACGCUGAACGCUUGACUGCCCAAGAGGCCAUGGCCCACCCUUACUUCGAACCUGUUCGCGCCGAUGCUCGUAACAACACCACUCAGUCCUGA